AUGGCCGCCAAGUCGAUCUUCGAAGCCGAUGGAAAGGCUAUCCUCAACUAUCACCUCACCAGAGCUCCUGUCAUUAAGCCAUCUCCUCUCCCAAAAUCCUCCACUCACAACCCUCCACCGAAGCUCGCUUCCCUAUACUUCCCAGAAGAUGCUGAGGUCUCCUCCAUCCUAGACCAAGCCGAAGUCUCAUACCCAUGGCUCCUCGUCCCAGGAUCCAAGUUCGUUGCUAAGCCAGAUCAAUUGAUCAAGCGUCGAGGAAAGAGUGGUCUUUUGGCCUUGAACAAGACAUGGGCGGAGGCAAAGGAGUGGAUUGCCGCUCGUGCUGGAAAGCCACAGAAGGUGGAAACUGUGAAUGGUGUGUUGCGACAGUUCUUGGUUGAACCUUUCGUACCACAUCCAGAUGGAACCGAAUACUACAUCAACAUCAACUCCCAAAGAGAGGGUGACUGGAUUCUUUUCACACACGAGGGAGGUGUCGAUGUUGGAGAUGUUGAUGCGAAGGCCGAAAAGCUUCUCGUUCCGGUUGAUCUUUCCGAAUACCCAUCAAAUGAAGAAAUUGCCGCUACACUGCUCAAGAAGGUACCAAAGGGUGUCCACAAUGUUCUAGUCGACUUCAUCACAAGACUAUAUGCUGUUUACGUCGACUGCCAGUUCACCUACCUCGAGAUCAACCCUCUCGUUGUUAUCCCCAACGCUGAUGCCACAUCCGCCGAAGUUCAUUUCUUGGAUUUGGCAGCUAAGAUCGAUCAGACUGCGGAAUUCGAGUGUGGUGUCAAAUGGGCCGUCGCUCGUUCGCCUGUUGCUCUCGGCAUGACCGCCGUCAAGGCAGCAGAUGGAAAGGUCAACAUCGAUGCCGGACCACCAAUGGAGUUCCCAGCUCCAUUCGGUCGUGAAAUGAGCAAAGAGGAAGCUUACAUUGCUGAGCUCGAUGCAAAGACCGGUGCCUCCCUUAAGCUUACAAUCCUAAACGCCAAUGGUCGUGUCUGGACAUUGGUCGCUGGUGGCGGUGCUUCAGUCGUCUAUGCCGAUGCUAUUGCCAGCAGUGGGUUCACAGAAGAGCUUGCCAACUAUGGUGAAUACUCUGGCGCUCCAACAGAGACUCAGACUUUCCACUACGCUCGCACCGUCAUUGACCUGAUGCUUCGUGCUCCUAUGCACAAGGAGGGCAAGGUCCUCUUCAUCGGUGGUGGUAUUGCCAACUUCACCAACGUCGCCUCAACUUUCAAGGGCGUCAUCCGCGCUCUGAAAGAGUACAGCACUCAGCUCAACGAGCACAAGGUCCAGAUCUGGGUGAGACGUGCUGGACCCAACUACCAGGAGGGUCUGAAAAACAUCAAGUCCGCCGCACAGGAAAUGAACUUGGACAUGCACGUAUACGGCCCAGAAAUGCACGUCAGUGGUAUCGUCCCUCUGGCUCUCAUACCCGGCCGCAAGGAAGCUAGUACCGUGCCGGAAUUCCAAGGUUAG